CCUGACACUGUUUGCAACGGUGUGUGAGAAGACAGUGUUGAAGCGGGUGCUGAAGGAGCUCUGGAGGGUGGUGAUGAAUACCAUGGAGAAGCUGAUCGUGCUGCCGCCUCUUACAGACCAAACGGAUCAUAUGGUGAAAGAAGAAACUAGGAGCCUCACUCCAAAGCAGUGUGCCGUUUUGGAUCUGGCACUGGACACGAUCAAACAAUAUUUCCAUGCUGGUGGGAAUGGUCUGAAGAAAACCUUCUUGGAUAAGAGUCCGGACCUGCAGUCACUUCGAUAUGCUCUCUCUCUCUACACUCAAACCACAGACACUCUCAUCAAAACCUUUGUCCAGACUCAGACAGCUCAGGGCUCUGGUGUGGACGAUCCUGUGGGUGAAGUGUCCAUACAGAUCGACCUGUACACCCACCCAGGAACUGGUGAACACAAGGUCACGGUGAAAGUUGUGGCAGCCAACGACCUGAAGUGGCAGACAUCUGGCAUGUUCCGUCCAUUUGUUGAAAUCACCAUGAUUGGGCCCCAUCAGAGUGACAAGAAGAGGAAGUUCACAACCAAGUCAAAGAGCAACAACUGGUCUCCCAAAUACAAUGAAACCUUUCACUUCAUACUGGGGAACGAAGACGGCCCCGAUGCCUACGAGCUCCAGGUCUGCGUGAAGGAUUACUGCUUUGCUCGGGAGGACCGAGUGCUGGGGAUCGCAGUGAUGCAGCUCAGAGACAUAGCAGACAAAGGGAGCUGUGCUUGCUGGUGCCCCCUGGGGCGCAGGGUUCACAUGGAUGAGACUGGGCUUACAGUCCUGAGGAUUCUCUCUCAAAGAACCAAUGACGAAGUUGCCAGAGAAUUUGUGAAGUUGAAAUCUGAGUCCCGCUCCACAGAGGAAGGCACCUGAGCUGAGCUACGUCUUGUUCCCUUUUCUCUUCUGCCUUGUGCCAAUAUGUGCAAGUGUUCAACGAUUCUCUUAUCAAUUACGGAAGUUUUUUUUUCAUGUUUGUCUUUGUCAGCUCCAAUAGCGCACGUGUGGUGUACAGGAAACAAAUCCAUCAACCUGAUGUGAACUAUUUAUUUUUCAGUAGCUGGGUAAGACACCAUAGAGAAUGAGACAAUCUCUUCUUAUUUAAGAUGCAAAUUCUGCUUUAUGUAUAUAAAUUAUUUUAUAUUGGAGGCUGGGUAUGCUGGGUUUUGUUGAUACGCAGCACUGUGAUUUUAUCCUCUGAAGCUGGCAGACAUUAAAGAGGUUCUACAUAAUCAUGCUACGAUAGAAACACGCAACUGUGUGGAAACUGGGAGAAGAAUAGUGGUUUGGGGUUUUGGCAAAGCACAGUUCUCUCU